UUGGUUGAUGAAUUAUUUUUGCAGAUGUGAAUUUUUGUUUAUAAGUUUGAUGAUUUAUUUAUCUGAAUCAAAAUUGAAUGGUAUAUCUUACCGAAAUGGUUAUUGAACAAAUGAAAAAUGCCCAAAAUGCUAAACAAGGCCAAAACAAGGUGGUUAUUAUACAAUCGUUGAAUAAUUUGCAAAUCAUGUUGCCCGAACUUGGUUAUGUCAAUGCAUUACGUGCCUAUCUUGAAUUCAACAAAAUUGACUAUCAGAUUGAUGAACGUUCGAAUGCCGAAUGGAUGUCACCAGAUGGACAAUUACCGUUGAUCAAAUAUGGUCGUCAAUUAGUUUCUGGUUUCUUGCCGAUUAUCGAAUUCAUUAACAAACAGUUUGAAAUCAAAGUGAAUGAUAUUAGCACUGAACGACAAGCUAUUUUAGAUUUAUUCAACAAAGUGAUUAUCGAUGCUGAACUCUAUUACACCUGGUUAGACAAGGAUACAUUUGAAAAGUAUACCAAAUUUAGUUAUGCAUACGGUAAGCCAUGGCCAUUGAAUAACAUUCUCUGUUGGCUUAAACGACGUGACAUUGCCUGGCGAAUACAAGACGAUACAAAUCGACAAAAUUCAUUGGAAGAAUUUUUACGAGAAAUAAGUCGCAUUACAUCGAUUCCGAUGGAUGAUGAUAAAGCCGCUUCGCGAGAAUUGUUGUGUCUAAUCUAUGGCCAUAUCAAAGCGAUCAAUUCAUAUGAUAAAACAUAUGAACCGUUACGUAAAAUGGUCAAGCAGUAUCCAUCACUAUUGCAGUUUGUUGAAAAAUUUUAAAUACCAUACUUUCAUCAAUUGAUUCAUUGAUUAAGCACUGUGUAAUUUGUAAAUUAUAGUAGUAUUUGUUUUAUUGAA